UGACGUCAUGGCAGUUGACGGUUGUCGGUUGUUCGAGUUGUUCCUUUUUUUAUGUCUUUGAGUUUAAAUAAUAUAUUCCAAUGUGCAGUGUCGUUUUAUCAAUAAUUGUCGUGUUUUACAAAAUUUAAUAUGUUCACUUUCGUAAAAAGGUGUUUUUGAGUGAUGUGAUUCAAUAUAAUUCUGCGACAUCAUCAUCUAAAAUAUUGUGGUUAGAAUCAUCAAAAUACUUUCAUCAACGAUCAACACACAGUGAUUUAUUAUCAUUUGUUUUAACACUUUAGAACAAAAUACUUCAAUAAUAAUUCUAAAACAAGAUAAUGAAAGAUGUGGCCUUGUUUUUGGAGUUAAAGCCCUCCCGCAGGCUUGGCAAGACUGAGGGUCCACAUUUCAAACCAAUUGGCAAAAAGUAAGGAUUUACAUCCUCAAAAUCAGACCAAAAAAAAAAUUUAAAAAAAAAAAUUAAAUUAAAAUUCUCCAAAUUGAAAAAAAAAUCGAGAGAGAAAAUAAACUUAGACAGAAAAUAAAGGAGCGAGCGUAGUGCGAAAGUGCGAAAACAAAAAAGUGAUUGAAGAUUUUGAGGAAUUCAGGAGAAACAGAGAAAAUUUUCACAAAAAAAAAAACGCGACUCUCAUUCAGAUACACAAAUCAAAGAGCAAAAUUCCAAAAAAAAAACAAAGCUUUCUUGCAUCUCAUUUUAACUGUAAAAUUAAGAAUUUUUUAACUCGCGAGUUUUUCUAUUCUAUAUAAGGAAAAAAAAAAAAAAAAGAAAAAAUGACUUUAAGCUCUCGAAGAUUUGUGACAUUAAUGGUGCAGAUCACAAUUGGCAUUCUGACGAUCCUACAAAUUAUCGCCGAUACAGCAGGCAAGGAAACAAAUUCAGAGAAACCACCUCCGUGUCAAAGCGAAAUAUUCUGCCAUGGAGAUUUAUUGCACACAGUACAAAUGGCGACGAUCUUCAAAGACUCGAAGACUUUUGUCGAUAUGAAAAUGAAAUAUUCACCAAAUAAAACAAUGUCCAUGUUUCGAGAGUUGAUGACUGAUACCGAUAAUAAGCCAACAUCACGUCAAGUUGAAAGUUUUUUGAAUAAAACAUUCGAUCCAGCUGGAUCGGAAUUUGAGGCAUGGGAUCCAGUCGAUUGGAAGGCAAAACCAAUGUUUCUCGAUAAGAUUCGCGAUAAAAAUUUAAAGCAAUUUGCUGAGGAUUUAAAUCGUAUUUGGAAAUUGCUUGGAAGGAAAAUAAAGGACGAUGUUAAGAUAAAUCAUGAGCAGUAUUCAAUUAUUUAUGUGGAGAAUCCUGUUAUUGUUCCCGGUGGACGUUUUCGGGAAUUUUACUAUUGGGACUCGUAUUGGAUUGUCAAGGGCCUUUUAUUGUCGGAAAUGAAAACAACUGUUAGGGGAAUGCUGUCAAAUUUUGUGUCAAUUGUCGAUCGAAUUGGAUUUAUACCGAAUGGUGGGAGAAUUUAUUAUACGCAAAGAUCACAACCACCAAUGUUGAUACCAAUGGUUAAUGAAUAUUUGAAAGCUACUGAUGAUAGAGAAUGGUUGGAGGAGAAUCUUUGGUUGUUGGAGAAAGAAUUUGAAUUUUGGAUGACUAAACGAACGGUUCAAGUGACUAAGGAUGGUGUUACGUAUACUCUUGCCAGAUAUUAUGAAGAUUCCGAAGGUCCCAGACCCGAAUCUUAUAGAGAGGACUAUUUGACGAGUCAAAUUUUCCGCACUGCCGAAGAGAAAAAUAAUUAUUACUCUGAACUGAAAUCAGCUGCAGAAAGUGGAUGGGAUUUUUCCAGUCGUUGGUUUAUUCUUGAGGGUACCAACAAAGGUAAUCUGACGAAUUGCAAGGCAAGAAGCAUAAUUCCCGUUGACCUUAAUUCAAUAAUAUAUUUAAACGCACAAUUGUUGUCGGAUUUUAAUCGAAUGAUUGGCAAUAAGACAAAAGCUAAUUAUUAUAUGAAAAAGGCAGACGAAUGGAGGGAUGCUGUGACGGCGGUAUUGUGGCACAAUGAAGUUGGUACAUGGUUAGACUAUGAUAUUAUUAAUGAAGACAAGAGGGAUUAUUUUUAUCCGACAAAUGUUCUUCCACUUUGGGCGAAUUGUUACGAUCAGGAGAAAAAAAGUGAUUUUGUAUCAAAAGUUUUGAAAUAUCUUGAGAAACAACAAAUAAUGCUGAAUCUCGGCGGUAUACCGACAACUUUGGAACAUUCGGGUGAACAAUGGGAUUAUCCAAAUGCCUGGCCUCCAUUGCAAUAUUUUGUCAUUAUGUCGCUUGAUAAAACGUCCGAUCCUUGGGCAAUAAGAUUGGCCUAUGAAUUGAGUCAACGAUGGGUGCGCAGUAAUUAUAAGGCAUUCAAUGAAACUAACUCCAUGUUCGAAAAGUACGACGCAACAGUAUCUGGUGGACAUGGUGGCGGUGGAGAAUACGAGGUUCAACUUGGAUUCGGUUGGUCGAAUGGACUUGUUAUGGAUUUAAUAAACAAGUACAGUGAUCAGCUUACGGCAGAAGAUUACUUUUUACCAACUGAUGAUUCUCGAACUUUACCUCAAACAGUGGCGGCUGUUUCCACAGCUGGACAACUUAUGACUGGUAUUUUAGCCAUCAUAAUAUCAGUAGCAGUAGGAUUUAUAGGAUAUAACAAAUUUCACAGAUAAUCUGCUUUUAAACACACACACACACACACUAGAGGAUGUAUUUAAUAAUAAUAGUAAAUCUCGAUUAGACUAAUUUCAAUUUAACAACAAAAAAUUGUAUUUAAUCGCGCGAAUUCUUAAAAAAAGGGAAAUUUUGUAUAUUUUGAGAUAUAUUUAUUAAAAAUUUAUUUAGUUGGAAACUAAAUGUAUUAUCUCAAAUAGAAUAGUUAGAGUAAUAUACGUAAAUAUUAUUAUUAUUAUUAAUAUUAUUAUUAUUAUAAUUAUUAUAAAAAUGUUUUCAUUGUCAGAGUAUUAAAUAAUUGGAUUUCUGCGAGAAGAAAAAAGUGAUAAGCCAUGUAAAUAAUGUAAAAUAUUUAAGGAAGAGAACAAAAAAAAGUAGAUAUAUCUAGUCAGACAAACGAGUGACGUAUACCUUACUGUUGUAAUUUGUGACUUGCUAUUACUUCAGCACAGCGUUUCAAGUAUUUAACUCGAGAAUUUUACAUUACAAUGAAAUUAUUAAUCAUCUUCAGUAAAAGAAAAAAAAGAAUUGAACAUAAAAAUAACGAGAAAAUUACUUUUUCUAGACAACUUAUUCUGAUGAUCAAAAGAUGAUCAAAAUAAGUUAACAAUACUGAAUGUGUAAUGUAAAAUGAAAGUAUAAUUCUAAGACAAAAGUGUGUUUUUCUGUGAGAUAAAAUUAGCUUCCAUGAUAGAAUAAUCUUUACAAAAUAUUAAAAUGAAAAAGAAACAAUUUUUGUCUAGUUAUAAAUAAUUCAAGAAAGUGAUAAAUAUU